GUGACCUUUGCCUUGACGGAGUGGUGCCCAUGGGGAGAGCCUCUGGUUGGAGUGAGUGUGGUAGGGGCAUAUGAUCUGCAAUGAAAGGGAUCAAACUUAUUGGUGGCUGUGCCAACACUGCUGUCUCAACAGUCCAGGAACAGUGAUUUUAAUGCAGAAGUUUACAAUCCUAUGGCAUUUCUGCCUUUGACCAUGCCUCAAGACAAGAGCCAGAUAAGGAGAAAUAUCAGUUUGGGGAGGUUGUUGCACCAGAGAAGAUGAGAAAUGGAUCUUUGCUGAUGAAAAUAUCGCAUGCCAACCAAUCCUGAGCACUUCAGGCCUGUGUCAAGGUUAGCAGAUAAAAAUGCUAGAACCUAUUAAACAUGUCCUCAACAGUCAAAGGAUUGUGUUGGCAAGUACAUCACCAAGACGUCAAGAGAUACUAAGCAGUAUAGGUUUAAAUUUUGAAAUUUGUGGCUCCAGGUAUGAGGAAAAUUUAGACCCAUCACAGUUUCCUGACCCCUCACAUUUUGUUUUGGAAACAGCUUACAAUAAAGUAAUGGAAGUAGUAGACCGAUUGAAAACAGAGACUAGGCCACCUGAUUUAAUAAUAGGUGCAGAUACAGUUGUUUCACUAGAUGGAAAAAUUUUUGGUAAACCAAAAACCAAAGAAAAUGCAUUUCAAACUCUUGAAAAGCUUAGUGGAAGACCACACACUGUGUACACAGGAAUAAUCCUAGUCAAAAAGGAUAAAGUUGUGAAAUUUUUUGAAAGCACCAAAGUUUACUUUGGUCAACUUACACCUGAGAUAAUCAGUGGCUACGUAAAAACAGGAGAGCCAAUGGAUAAAGCUGGAGGCUAUGGGAUUCAAGGUCUGGGAGGAAGUUUAAUUGAAAAAAUAGAAGGAGAUUAUUAUACGGUUAUGGGACUACCUUUGCAUUCAUUGUGUAAACACAUCCUUUCUCUUUAUAAAGAUGCAGAAGUUUCAUAGUAUAUAACCACUCUUUUGAGGUCAUUGCUUAUUUCACAUUGCCUGAGCCUAUGCAAGUGUAAGUGAUAUUUUAUAGAGUUGAUAUAUUUGAUGUACAAAUUUUUGCUGUUCAGCCAAUUGAUGUGAGUGAGUUUAUGAUUAUGAAGAACAAGAAUCACAACAAUACAUUUCUUCAGCACCUUCUUA